AUGGAAGUUUCUGGCGUCGUUUCCCGGCAAGUACCUUGCUUUUCCGGCGCUGGAAUCGAUACCACUCGGUCUUCCACGGCGUCGUUUCAUGGAGAGUUUCGGGUUCAGGGUCGUAGAGAUUUUGGAGUGUCUUUGAGAACUAGAAGGUUUCGUGGGCAAUCGAAUUAUGGAUUUUGUGAUGACAGGCAUGUGCAGUAUUAUCACGUGGGUCCCAGAUGUGGUUGUAAGAAGGAGAAGGAGAUCAAGAAGAAGCUGAAGUUGCUCAAAGGGUUGUCCAAGGACUUGUCCGCGUCUUCUCAGAUGGGUUUUGGACCGUCAGAUUCUCAGGAGGGUUUAGUCGCUCAAUUUCAGGGGAAGCUGAUCUCGGAAGGUGCAGAGGCAUUAUUACUAAAACAAUUGGAGGAGCUAAGAGCAGAGGAGAAGGAAUUAAAGAGAAAGAGGAAAGAAGAGAAGGCCAUGCUUAAAGCUGAACGGAUGAAAAACAUGGUUGACAGUGAAUCAUCUUCUUCAUCAUCAUCUGAAUCAAGUGAAAGUGAAUGUGGGGAGUUGGUUGACAUGAACCGCCUGAGAAGCGAAGCCCCUGCGAAACCAAUACUAGACAGUUUGCAGCCAUUUAAUCAUCAAGAAGGGGCGGUGUUGACCCUACCGAGUUCAUUAGCCAUAGCCACCCAGCAAGAGAACACCACAGUAGAAAAUGUCACUGAAUUUAGCAUUUCACAGAAUCAGGAAGCAGAAUGCUGCUCAGGAACUAGUUCAAGUUGUGUCAGCAGUAGUGGUAGUAUUGGCCAUAAUGAUGCUCUUAGUAGCUCAGUUAUGGGAGCAUCUGCCCUGAAGAUUGAGGUGUGCAUGGGCAACAAGUGCAAGAAAUCAGGAGGUGGCGCAUUGCUGGAAGAGUUUGAGAGGGUGAUGGGUGUUGAAGGAACUGUUGUUGGGUGCAAGUGUAUGGGAAAAUGCAAAAAUGGUCCUAACAUUAGGGUUUCGAACACCGUAGGUGGGAUUCAAUCCGAAGGAACAGAUGAUUCGGUUAGGAUUCCAACCAAUCCUUUAUACAUUGGAGUUGGCCUGGAAGAUGUGAGCCUCAUUGUAGCUAAUUUAAUUGGGGAAGACAAUAAGGAUUUGGGGCUUGUUCCUGCAGCUUAG